CUCCAGGAACACACGAGCGGAGCGGCGCUCCCACCGCAGGUCCCACGGCUGCCCCCAUGCCGAGCCCCUCCUUUUUCUCUUGGCCGCCGCUGUGGCUGCUGCUGCUGUCGCCGUGGCCAGUCCGGGCUCCAGCACCUGCAGCGGCCACCCCGACGGGGACCCAGAUGGGAACCCCAGGCUCCCGAGCCUGUCCGGAGGCGUGCGCGUGCGCACCGGGCGGCCAGGUCAACUGCUCGGGGCGCGCGCUGUCCGAGGUGCCCGACGGCCUGAGCCCCCGCGCGCGCGACCUGUUGCUGGACCGCAACCGCGUGCACGCGCUGCCGCCCGGAGCCUUCGUGGGCGCGGGUGCGCUGCUGCGCCUGGACCUGCGCGAGAACGGGCUGCGCUGGGUGCACGCGCGCGCCUUCUGGGGCCUGAGCGCCCUGCAGCAGCUGGACCUCGGCGCCAACCAGCUGGAGGCGCUGGCGCCCGGCACCUUCACGGCGCUGCGUGCGCUGCGCAACCUCUCGCUGGCGGGCAACCGACUGGCGCGCCUGGAGCCCGCGGCGCUGGGCGCGCUCCCGCUGCUGCGCGCGCUCAGCCUGCGGGACAACGAGCUGUCCGCGCUCGCGCCGGGGCUGCUGGCCGGCCUGCCCGCCCUCCGCGCGCUGCGCCUGCGUGGCAACCCCUGGGCCUGCGGCUGCGCGCUGCGCCCGCUCUGCGCCUGGCUGCGCGGUCACCCGCGGCCCGCGCCAGAGGCCGAGACGCUGCUCUGCGUGUCGCCGGGGCGCCUGACACUCAGCCCCUUGACUGCCUUCCCCGACGCCGCCUUCAGCCAUUGCGCGCAGCCGCUCGCCCCGCGGGACCUGGUGGUGAUCUACGUGCUCGGGCCCCUCUCCUUCCUCGCCAGCCUGGCCGCCUGCCUGGCGCUGGGCUUGGUGGUCACCGCCUGCCACGCGCGCCGCCAACGCGCCGCCGCCCGCGCCCCGAGGAGGAGACCUCAGAACCCCAGCCCGCGCGGGGCCCCGCCUGCGGACCCUGGGAGCCCCGCCGCCGCCGCCGCCGGGAUCUGAGUGGGCGCGGCUGCCCUCAACCUUCCCCCACCCCUCGCCCUCCUCACGCUCCUUCCGGGCGUCAACAAGCAACAC